UUGACUGUACUCUCCCUUUUCGAAGAACUAUGAUAACCCCUGCGUUACUUUUCCUCCUUGCCUUGAUUUCAUUCGCGUCUGCCUUUUCCGUCAAGUACGGUGGCUCGCCCGCUGAGCGUGACCCCUUCAUAGUGCAGCGCGAAUCCACAAGCAAUCACGAUCUUUCCUUCAAUCCUCUCGACGAAUAUUUACCGGUGAAUUUGGAGCGUGCCAAACAAUGCGCCGACCACUUUGGAGAAUGUUCUGUCGAAGAAAUGGAGGCUUUGCGGAAGAAUCUUCAUCGGGAACGCUUGCAAACCUUCAUCGGUGGAGGUUUUACAAUGAGAAAGCCUUCCGAAGAUACUUUAGAGCAUCUUUUGCUGGAGGAAGAACUGGACUUGCAACUGGCGCUGCUGAAACGGGAGACGCCCGAGUCAACGCUCUUUCCUCAUGUUGAAGAACCGAUGGAUUCUUUGCCGCAUUUGAAGGAAGGCAAUGAGCAUCUCAAGUCGGCAGCAGUGCCUGAGAAGAAAGGCUCGGCUUCCUUGGAAAAUGCAAUUUACAAAGCCGAGGUUGAUUUAGCCAUCGAAGAAACAAUACUCGGCCACCGUACGGAAAGUGUGGCCGAAGCGGUCAUGAUGUGCUCGGCAGUGCUAGCUUUUAUCAUGUUGCCACAAUUCGUUUAGGGCAGUAGGCGUACGAACCUUUCCCGGUUGCGUUUCAAUUGUAUAUUGCACCAUGGUGAUCCAGACCUAGAUUCGUGGAAGCGAAAAGGUCAACAAGAGCCGGAGUACGGUAGAAAAUUAAUCCUGACUACUAACCCAUGUUCGUAUGAACUGUAAUGUAACACAGCGACAACUGGCA